AUGAUUGCUGUUGUAUUUGAGGAUGUGGUCCGCCGCGGUCGGUUUUCGGUAGAACGUGGUUUGGAUUCUUCCGUCGGGUUGCCUCAUGAGAAGGAUGUCGAGGAAGGAGAGUUGUCCAUCUAUUUCUUCCUCUCGUGUGAAGCUGAUACCGGGCACCUGUUCGUUGAUCAUUUGGUGGAACUGAUCUACCGUGGAGGCUCUGAGUAUGACGAAUGUAUCGUCCACAUAACGUGCACUCAUUGCAAGGAGAUCAUGCCGGAAUACGAACUGGCAGCGACCAUUUUGAAACAAGAUGAAAAACCUGUACCACUGACCAAAAUUGAUGGAAUGACGCAAUCAGGCUUGGUUCACGAAUAUGAUAUCAAAUCAUUUCCACAAAUACUUAUUCGGAAUCGAAAUCGGGUUGUACAAUUUAGAGAUCAUUUUUCUACCAGAAACUUAAUCAAUACUAUGCGGCUAGAAGUCAGGCCUGCUUAUAAAGUGAUCAGCAAUUUGAAAGAACUCGAAGCUGAGCGCAAUAUUGACCAGGCAGCUCUUCUGGUUCUAACAAAUUCUUCAACUCAUCCAUUAAUUGAAUUGGUUGAUCAGACAAUACGAUUUGCGGACUCCAAUUUAUAUGCAGCUCUGUGCAGAGACAUCGAAGUCAGAAGGGAAUAUAAAGUGGAGGAUACCGAGUUUUCGGUCUUUUUGAUACACGCGAAACGGUUCUCUCACGGAUCACCCACUAUCAUAGAUGUGACCGAGGUAACCCCGUAUCCAACUAACAAUUUUCGUCUGUAUAAUGCUAGUGCUCAAAGAUUCUUUUUGGCAUUAUUCGCUGGAUGA